AGCGACGACGAUCCGGAGCUCAUCGUCCACGUCCCGUUCACCAGCGACGUCAAGGUCCGCGGCGUCAUGGUCAUCGGAGGCGGAUCCGGCUCGGCACCCUCCAAGCUCAAGUGCUGGGUCAACAAGGCUCCCGGGGAGAUCGACUUUAGCAACGCGGAUCGCAAGACCCCGACGCAGCAGUGGGACCUGGCGGAGGACUUCGCCGGCGAGCUGGAGUACCGCACGGACUUCACGCAGUUCCAGGCGGUGUCCUCGCUGACCCUCUACUUCCCAACCAACUUUAACGGCGACGGAGCCACGGAGGUUUGGUUCGUCGGGCUGAGGGGCGAGGGCACGUUGAACCGACGGGACAUGAUCGUCACGGCGGUGUACGAGGCGAGGGCGAUGCCGCAGGACCACAAG